AUGAACGCCUCUAGAGUCGCAUUUGGCAACCUCACCAAUUCCCAGCAAGUGGCAAUCAUCUCUCUGAGCAUUCUCGCGCUUGCAUUGACAUUCUGGUACAUGUAUACCCCGAGAUACCCUGAUGUCCCAACUCUCAGAGUCUCAAAAAAGCCUUGGAUAAUCGGCACUAUAGAAGACAAGAUCAUGUUCAUCACCAACAGCAAGGAAUUACUUCAAAUCGGCUGGGAGAGGUACUCGAGCAAGGGGAUCAAUUAUCUCAUCAACCUACCGCUUCGGAAACAUCUCAUCAUGGCCCCGCAGUUUUCAGAAGAAAUCCGCACAGCACCUGCAGAAUUUGUCGACAACACCAUUGCCAACAGCGAGAUCACUCAAGUGGCCUGGACCAUUCAUUCCCGUUUAGCUUGGGAUCAGUUUCAUUUCAAGACUCCCAUUCGUAAAACCCUGACCGAAAGCCUUGGUCCCAAGUUGCCGGACAUUGUCGAGGAGGCCAAAAUGUGCCUCCAUGAAUAUGUAGGCAGAUCGAAAGAUUGGACACCCCGCAAGAUGUACACAUUGGGCUUUGAUAUUGUGACUCGAACUGCGAACCGCCUCCUCUUUGGUGCCGACCUGGCCCGGGACCCUGAGUUUCAACGACUAUCCAUCCAUUACACGGACAUCCUAUUUGGAGGCGCGGAGAAAGUCCGUAACUUGCCGUCCUUUCUGAAGCCCAUCGUCAUGUGGAUGGCUACCGACUUGUAUCCUGCCCAGAAGUUAGCUAAGAAAAUACUCGGACCGAUUAUUUCCAAACGGAUCCAAGAUGAAGACCGCUUUAAGGCUGAUGGUCGACAAGAAGAGUGGGAAAAGGUGAAGCCAUUUGAUGCCAUCCAAUGGGUCCUCGACGUGGCACCACCCGAUCAACGCCGCACAGAUAUGAUGGUCUAUCGAAUGCUCCACAUCAACGUCGCCGCCAUCCACACAAGCAGUAGCACCUUUCUGGAAGCCUUUUAUUUCCUAUCAAUUUCCCCUCAGUAUCACGAUGAACUGCGGGAGGAAAUUACCAAAGUCUUUCGUCAGGAAGGAUCGUGGACUAAGCAAGCUCUAACCCAUCUGGUUAAGCUUGACAGUUUUAUCACAGAAGCACUUCGAUUGUGCCCUAAUGCACCUGUGAAACUCCAACGGUACACGAUCAGGGAUUGGAGGCUGAGCGAUGACUCGGUCAUUCCCAAGGGCAAUUAUUUAUGGACGAAUUACCUAUCUCUUUCGCUAGACGACAGGACAUGGAAAGACGCCCGCCAAUUCGACCCCUGGAGAAUGUACCGCCGACGACAGCAAGAGGGUCAAGCGAACCAGCAUCAGUUUGUCAUGACCUCCUCGACCAACCUCACUUUUGGUCACGGGAAAAACGCGUGCCCUGGCCGGUUCUUCGCCGCGAAUGAAAUCAAGACACUUAUGGCGCUCAUCAUCAUGACCUACGAGAUCCGAUGUACCAACAUCAAGGACGGCGUCAACGAGAUCAUAGAUGGAGGCUAUCUCAACCUGGCCAAGACCCCUAUUCAGCAUCCCAUCGUGGAGUUCAAGUAUAGGGGUGAUUCCAUCCCUGGAGAUAUCAGACCACUGUUCACCCAAAUUUAG